AUGAAGUUUGGUGAACAAUUGAAGACGUCCCUUAUCAAGGACUACUAUUACUACUAUAUUUCCUACGAUGACCUUAAACAUGAGUUGAAAAAAGGUUCUAGUGGGAACUGGUCUGAAACUGAGGAAGAGCACUUUGUUGGUCUUCUUGAGACUGAACUUGAUAAGGUCUUUGUAUUUCAAAAGGUCAAGGCUACCGAGAUUAACCGUAGAAUCAAGGAUGCCGAGAAACAAGUCCAAGAAGUUGUACGAGUAUCAGAGUCUGAUGUCAACGCUGUUGAUGAACAACAAUUUGAAGAUUUAGAAGAAGAGCUCUCAGAUAUUAUUGCUGAUGUUCACGAUUUGGCCAAGUUCACUAGAUUGAACUACACUGGUUUCCAAAAGAUUAUCAAGAAGCACGACAAGGUUACUGGCUGGACUUUAAAGCCUAUUUUUUCAGUCCGUCUUAAUGCUAAGCCUUUCUUCAAGGACAACUAUGAUCAAUUGGUUGUAAAGCUUUCCAAGCUCUACGAUUUAGUUCGUACUAGAGGUCAACCAGUUCGUGGAGAUUCUGCUGCUGGUGGUGCUCAACAGAACUUCGUUCGUCAAACUACCAAGUACUGGGUCCACCCUGAUAAUAUCACUGAACUUAAGCUCAUCAUUCUUAAGCAUUUGCCUGUCCUUGUAUUCAAUGCCAAUAAAGAGUUCGAGAAGGAAGAUGCUGCUAUUACUUCCAUCUAUUAUGAUAACACUCAACUCGAUUUGUAUAAGGGUAGAUUGGAAAAGACUGAAGGUGCCGAGGCUAUUCGUCUCCGUUGGUAUGGUGGCAUGAGUUCUGACCAAAUUUUCGUUGAACGUAAGACCCAUCGUGAAGACUGGACUGGUGAAAAAUCCGUCAAAGCUAGAUUCGCUCUUAAAGAAAAGAACGUUAAUGAUUUCAUGAAGGGCAAGUUCACCGUCGACCAAGCAUUCGAAAAGGCUAGAAGAGAGGGUAAGAAGAGUAUCAAGGAAAUCGAGUCUUUGGAGUCUCUCGCUAGAGAGGUUCAAUACGCUGUCAUCAAGAAGAAGCUUCGUCCUGUUGUUAGAUCUUUCUACAACCGUACCGCUUUCCAACUUCCUGGUGACGCCAGAGUUCGUAUCUCUCUUGAUACCGAACUUACUAUGGUCCGUGAAGAUAACUUUGACGGUCUUGAUCGUGCACACAAGAACUGGAGACGUAUGGACAUUGGUGUCGACUGGCCAUUUUCUCAACUUCCCGAGAAGGACGUUGAGAGAUUCCCCUACGCUGUUCUUGAAGUCAAGCUGCAAACCCAAUUGGGUCAAGAACCUCCACAAUGGGUUCGUGAGCUUGUCUCUUCUCACUUGGUCGAGGCUGUUCCUAAGUUUUCUAAAUUCAUUCAUGGUGUCGCCACUUUAGUGCCUGAGAAAACUAAGCUCAUUCCCUUCUGGCUCCCUCAAAUGGGUGUUGAUAUCCGCAAGCCUGUUAACCAAUUCUAUGGCAUUGAGCGUCCUAUUCACGGAGAUUCUUCUGUGUCUGAUAUUGAUUACACUGGCGGCUAUGCUGACGAAGAGAAUGGCAUUGGUGGAGAGAACGGUGUUGCUCGUCCUGCUGCUAUUCGUUUUGAUAACGACGCCACUGAGCGCAACAGAGAGGCCGCUGAUAAUGAAACUACUCCUUUGUUGGCCCGUGACAGUACCACUAGCAACGGAUCUGUAUCUGCUGGAAACAGAAACUCUAGAGUCCGUGCUAUUACCUAUAACUUCCCAUUCCUGGCUCCUGUCGUCAAUGCUUGGUCAAAUGCAUACGAAUGGUUUAAUGGAGCCUUUAUCGAGAAUAACUACAUUACUGGCCUGCCUGCUGGAACCGUCUUUAUUACUGACUUGAAGGUUCCUGAGGGUAAGACCAUUUGCAUGCCCGUUCGUAUUGAACCCAAGGUCUAUUUCGCCACUGAGAGAACUUUCCUUGCAUGGUUGGAAAUUGGUAUCCUAUUGGGCGCUAUUGCCGGUGGUCUACUUAAUUACGGUAAUGCUCUUGCUGUCGAGGCUGCUGUUGGUUUCUUUGUAGUGGCAAUUGGAACUAUUCUUUACGCAAUUGUUCUAUAUCUAUGGAGAGUCAAACAGGUCCGUAACAAGACUGCUGCUAGAUACGAUGACCGUGUUGGACCCACCAUCAUCUGUGUUGCGUUGGCCGCAGCAACUGGUAUCAACUUCUACUUGCAAGCCACUCGUUAG